AUGACGACCAUUUCAGUAGUACAGGGGGAAAACACCUCGGUGGAAAUUGGGAGCCAGAGCCCUGAAACCAUUUUCAAUAUCGGUACGAGGAAGUCCCCGCUGGCCCUGGCUCAGACAGAUUUGGUCGUCAAAGGCCUUGCGUCCGCAUUCCCCGACCAAGUAUUCGUGACCAAAGCUCGGGAUACUGCUGCGGGUGAUGUCGACACAACCACAGCCGUCAAGGACAUGGCUGUCAAGAAUAUCUGGAGUCACGAGCUUGAAUCUCUACUGGUUGAAGGCAAAUAUGACUUGAUAGUCCAUUCGCUCAAAGAUGUGCCUACAAACUUACCCGAGGGGUGUGAAAUAGGGGCAGUGCUGGCUCGUGAAGACCCAAGGGACGCCUUUGUCAUUAAAGCUGGCAGGACUCCAUGCAAGAUUGAAGACUUGCCUGCCGGGUCUGUCAUCGGCACGUCUUCUGUUCGUCGGACGGCUCAGAUUGCAUCACUAUAUCCUCAUCUGCGAGUGGAAAACAUGAGAGGCAGUCUGCACACUCGUUUAGCAAAACUUGACAAGGAAGACAGCCCUUUUGCCGGCUUGAUUCUUGCGGCUGCUGGUCUCAUUCGCAUAAACCUUGACCAUCGGAUCACUCAAUUCCUCGAAUCCAAGAGCGGAGGAAUGCUUUAUGCUGUCUCACAGGGAGCCAUCGGGGUCGAGAACAGAUCACCAGAUGAGCGGGUACAGAAAAUGCUUAGUGCGAUUGACCACCGGGAAACUCAUCUCGCCACGGCCACGGAACGGAGUCUCCUGAGAGUCUUGGAAGGAGGGUGCAGUGCCCCGUUGGGAGUCGAGACCAGUUGGGUCAAAGAUGAGGCGGGCCAGACGGUUCUGCGACUGAAGUCUAACGUCAUCAGCACGGAUGGGAAACAGAAGUCGGAAGUUGACAUGACUGAAGUGGUAACAAGCAAAGAUGAUGCUGUUGCCUUUGGGACCAAGGCAGCGGAAGAACUACUUCGCAGAGGUGCUGACAAGAUCUUGGCGCAGAUCAAGGCGAAGGUGCCCACCACUGCGGCUGAUCUCGGAGAAUAG